CCUAACCGUAGAGAGAGAGAGAGAGAGAGAGAGAGAGAGAGAGAGAGGGGAAAUGAAGAAGAAAUCAGAAGAGAGUUCGUUGGAAAAACUGAGCACUUGGUACGAAGACGGAGGAGAGCAGGAAGGUGGAGAGAGAAGCGAGAAGAGAAGAUCGAGCGCAAAAGCAUCGGAGAUCGAGAGUUCUCGAACUAAAAUCAAGGAAGAAGAGUAUCAGGAUCGCGAUUCCAAGAGUUCCGACAAAAGAGAAAGCGGCGGUCGGGAUCGGACUCAUGGUUCUUCUUCUGAUUCGAGCAAGAGGAGGAGAUGGGACGAAGCUGCUACGGACAGUGAGAGAGGGGAUCACAGCAAAAGCAGCAGUAAGGUUUCUGAUUCUGUCGGAGAAAGAAGUUUGAAAUCAAGUAGCAAAGAGGAGAAGGGUAAGACACGUGGCGUUAAAGAAGAUGAUAGAGAUAGGGAAGGUGGUGGUCGGUCAAAGACACCAGAGAGAAGUGGAAGGCGUCAUCAAGAAUCAGAACAUUCAGAGGCAGAGUAUGACAAGGAGAAGUAUAGCCGAUCAUCCAGAGGAAGAGAUGAUGGAUGGUCUGAUAGAGACAACAGGGAUCAAGAAGGUUGGAAGAGAAGACAUUCUGAUAAAGAUGGGAGGGAACGUGAUUAUCCAACAAGGCAAGGAGGACGUGAGAGGAGUGAAGGCGAGAGGUCGUCACACUCACAUAAUCGUUUGGGUGGUAGGAAAGGUGAGGCUGUUAAAGCUUUGUCAAGUGGCGGUGUUUCUAACGAGAAUUACGAUGUGAUUGAGAUUCAAACCAAACCACUUGAUGCUCCUCCCAAAAAGCCUGAUGAAGAUUGGGGUUACAACCAAGACAACAGACAGAGAAGUGAAACUUACGGUGAGGAUUCGAGAGACGAGGCUGGUGAGGCUAGCUCUGAUUACUCUGGAGCUAAAGCUAGAAACCAGAGAGGUGCAACACCUGGUCGGACCGGUUUUAUGCAAACGCCUAACCGAGGAGGUCCGCAGACUCCACAAGGUGGCAUGAAAGGGAACAGACCCGCAAGGGGUGGAAGAGGAGGAAGAGGUGGUGGCAGAGGAGAACAAGGUGCUAUUCAAUUGCAACCUAUCAUGGGGCCACCGUUUGGAAUGCCACCACCUAGUCCCAUUCACUCUCUUACUCCUGGCAUGUCUCCCAUUCCCGGCGCUCCUGUUUUCAUGCCUCCAUUUCCCCAAGCUCUUGUCUGGCCUGGUGCCCGAGGAGUCGAUGGCAAUAUGCUGCCUGUCAAUCCUGUUCUCUCACCGCUUCCUCCUGGACCAUCAGGCCCAAGAUUCCCUUCCAUCGGCACUCCGCCGAACCCGAACAUGUUCUUUAACCCACCAGGCUCUGAUAGAGGAGGCCCUCCGAAUUUCUCCGGGUCUACAUUCAAUGUUCCUGGACCAAUGGGACGUGGAAUGCCCUCUGAUAAAAAUGCAGGAGGGGGAUGGGUUCCUCCUCCUCGAGGUGGUGGACCUCCUGGGAAAGCUCCUUCCAGAGGAGAGCAGAAUGACUAUUCCCAGAACUUUGUGGAUACUGGAAUGCGUCCCCAGAAUUUCAUCCGAGAGCUGGAGCUUACCAAUGUAGAAGACUAUCCCAAGCUUAGGGAGCUCAUACAGAAGAAAGAUGAGAUUGUAUCUAACUCUGCGUCUGCGCCAAUGUAUUUGAAAGGCGACUUGCAUGAACUUGAGUUGUCUCCAGAGUUGUUUGGAACAAAGUUUGAUGUCAUUCUUGUUGAUCCGCCUUGGGAUGAAUAUGUCCAUAGAGCUCCUGGUGUUUCUGAUACUAUGGAGUAUUGGACAUUUGAGGAUAUCAUCAAUCUUAAGAUUGAGGCAAUAGCUGACACUCCCUCCUUUGUCUUCCUUUGGGUUGGUGAUGGUGUUGGGCUAGAGCAAGGGCGCCAAUGCCUGAAGAAGUGGGGUUUCAGAAGGUGCGAAGACAUUUGCUGGGUGAAGACCAACAAAAGUAGUGCAGAACCAAAAUUGCGCCACGAUUCUCGUACUGUGUUUCAGCGCUCCAAGGAGCACUGCUUGAUGGGGAUAAAGGGUACUGUUCGACGUAGCACUGAUGGACAUAUUAUCCAUGCUAACAUUGACACUGAUGUGAUUAUUGCUGAAGAGCCUCCCUACGCCAAUGCAGGUUCGACUGAAAAGCCUGAAGAUAUGUAUAGGAUAAUAGAGCAUUUUGCACUUGGUCGCCGAAGGCUUGAGCUUUUCGGUGAAGAUCACAAUAUUCGAGCUGGCUGGCUUACUGUUGGAAAAGGCCUUUCUUCCUCAAACUUCGAUUCACAAGCUUUUGUGAGGAACUUUGCGGACAAGGAUGGUAAAGUGUGGCAAGGAGGAGGAGGUAGAAACCCGCCUCCAGACGCACCACAUCUAGUUGUGACUACCCCUGAUAUCGAAUCUCUACGGCCAAAAUCACCAAUGAAGAAUCAGCAGCAGCAAUCAUACACACCGUCUCUGGCCUCCUCUGCAAAUAACUCAAACCGAAGAACCACAGGGAACUCACCACAAGCAAAUCCUAAUGUUGUUGUCUUACAUCAAGAGGCUUCUGGUUCUAACUUCUCUGUUCCUCCUCCACACUGGGUCCCAUCUCCCGUGACAGCUCCUCCACCGAUGGAGGGCUUUAGAGUGCCUGAAGGUGGCAACAACCCGAGACCACCCGAGGACAAGACUUUUGACAUGUACGGAUUCAACUGAGCCUCUUUUUUUUCUUCUCAAAGUGCAGCAAGGUCGUCCAGAAUUGUUUUUAUUGGAUGGAUUUUUGUUUUUCUCCCACUUUGCAUUGAGAAACUCUGUUGCAUAUGGGGUUGGUUCUCUGUUUGUAAUUCUUUAAGAAACUUUUGUGUUCAUUUUCAUUAUCCACAUCAAGCUUUACCAAA